CUCGCAGCACCAGGUCUCCGGGCCCGCGACGUCCCCCCCCUGCCCGAUGGCAUGCCCAAUCCGGAUGACAGCCAGCUGCAGCAGAUCUCGCUCAAUGCUCACGGCACUCCCCCCAAUUCUCCUCUCCCCGCGACAAUCAGUCAGAAUGGCAUCACAAACCUGCAGCUGAUCGCCUUCAACGAGCUCUUCGAAGUUGCCUUCUUCAACCAGCUCCUCCUUAACAUUACCACCAACGUCGAAGGCUACUUCAUCGCCAACGAUGCUGAUCGAGACUUCACCAUCCAAGUCCUCACUGCGAUCCUCGCCCAAGAGGAAGUCCACGCCCUCACUGCAAACACCGGCCUGAAGCAUUUCAACCAAGUCCCCAUCGAACCGUGCAACUAUACCUUCCCCGUGUCCACCUUUGAUGAGGCUAUCGCGCUCGCCGCAACCUUCACCGACGUCGUCCUGGGCACCCUACAAGACGUGAUCGUGCGCUUCGCCGCCGCCAACGACGUUGAUCUGACGCGUAUCAUCGCCGCGACAAUUGGCAACGAAGGCGAGCAGCAGGGCUGGUUCCGUCUCUUGCAGGACAAGAUCCCCAGCGAGUCGCCCACCUUGACAACCAGCGACGUCAACUUCGCGUUCACAGCGAUCCAGAGCUUUGUUAUUCCGGGAACAUGCCCGAAUAUCGAGUUGAUCAACUUGAAGACGUUCCCGGCGCUGAACAUUGUGACGCCUCCCGAGGCGAAGACGCAGGAGAUUCUGGUUUCGUUUAGUGUGAGCAAAGAGGAAGCGCAGAGUCUGGCGGAUGGAAAGUUGUGGUUGACGUAUGUCAAUCAGUUGAACGUGCCGAUCACAGAGCCGUUGGGGCUGUUCGAGGUUGACAAGGAGGAGGGAGUGGUGGUCGCAAAGGCACUGUUUCCGUACGAUGACAAUCUGCUGAACGGACUGACGAUCGCGGCAGUGACGGGCAGUGAGGGGCCGUUUGCGGAUGUCAAUGCUGUGGCGGAGGCGACCUUGUUUGGGCCCGGGCUGAUCAUUGUUAAUUAGCUAGUCAUGGCGGAGAAGGAAGAUGAUGAUCGCGACGAUCAGUAGUGAAGAUCGCAAGUCAAUACAGCAAUGAUCAUCAUUAUCACCAUCUUAUCUUAUCACCUGCUUAUCGCUUUGUAGACCAUAACUAGACUGUAGACUGGCUGAUCUGCAUGGGCUGGGAGAGAUCGUUCUUCCCUUCAUCUGCGCAGAGAACAA